UAUUUGUUUACUUUUAUUUUUUUGCUUCGCUGGUUUUACUCGGUUGAUCUUGAAAUUGAUCAACAAUGAGAUUCAAAUUAGUAUUAACUUUAUUGUUUUUAUCGCAAUUUAACUUUAUCGCUUCGUACAUCAUUGGACAUGAUGUUGGUCCUCGACUGAUUGUUGUUUCAUUUGAUGGAUUCAGAGGUGACUAUUUAUCCCCAACUUUGACACCGACACUUUGGUCAAUCAAAGCAAACGGAGUGACUGGUUCCAUGUACCCGCUGUUUGCGAGUAAAACGUUUCCCAAUCAUUUCUCAAUUGCCACUGGUCUUUAUGAAGAGUCACAUGGAAUCGUCGAUAAUGAAAUGUAUGAUCCAGAAUUCGAUGAGAUUUUUGAUAAAAGCAUCACUGAUUCCAAAUGGUGGGAUAAUGGCUACUCUUUACCUCUCUGGAUCGCCAACGAACUCGCAGGUCAUAAAAGCGGUGUAAUAAUGUGGCCUGGGUGUUGUUCUGAAUACCAUGGACUCACUGCUUCGUACAUGCACAAGUACAAUGGGUCAAUGAGUCUCGAAGAACGAGCGGACAUUCUGUUCGAUUGGAUGACCCGACCCAAAGAUGCUGCGAAUCUCGUGUUUCUCUACAUCAAUCAGCCCGAUAUUGGCCAUGUUUAUGGGCCUUAUUCGAGUAAAGUUCUGAAAACUGUCAGAGCCACAGACAAAUUCGCAGCCUAUUUACUUAAAGGCCUUGCAGACAGAAGAUUAUUAGAAGAUACAAAUAUUAUAUUUCUAAGCGAUCAUGGAAUGACUCAAGUUAAUCAUCAUAAUACAGUUAAUUUAACGCGAGUUCUGGACACCAGUUUAUUCCGUUCAUUCGGAGAAUCUCAAGCAAUCGGUAUUCUUCCUGAGGAAGGUAAAUUUGAUCAAGUUUACUCGAUGCUCUUGAAAAACGCUCCAAUUCAUCACUAUAAAGUUUAUCUUAAGUCGCAAGUUCCUCAUGAAUAUUUCUACAGAGAUCAUCGUCGUAUUAUGCCAAUCGUCGUCGAAGCUGAGCCUGGAUAUGAGGUCACUUUCUCUACAUGGGUCCAUCGAACAUCAGCCUGGGGCAAUCAUGGUAAUAAUAAUACUCAACCUGAUAUGAGAUCUCUUUUCCUUGGAAUUGGCCCCAAUUUCAAACAAGGCUACGAAUUAACUCAUCGAUCAUUUUUCAAUAUUGAUCUUUACCCAAUUAUGGCCCAAAUCCUGAAUAUCGAUACUGGUGAUUAUCAUUACAAUGGAACAGCUCAAUUAACUAAAUCUUUUCUAUGCUAAUUAAGACAAACUCAUGUGAUAAACUUGUUGUCAUGUUUAUUUUUCAAUACUGAAGAUUAUUAAUUUUUCAAUUAUUAAUGCCAACAAAUCAAUUAAGUGAGCGGAAUUAAAAUUUCCAAUAACCUAA